AUGUCAGCUUCAGAGUCAGUCAUCAGGGAGCAUGUCGCUCACCUAGAGGGCUGGAUCCAAAUUUGCAACAAAAAUCACGGUGCUAAUUGUCAUGUGGAUCCUAUUGAGGGGAGACCGCCGCAUCAUAUCCCAGACUGGGUCAUAGACACCGAGGACUGCUGCAUCGUCCGCGGUUGUAGCGUCCAGAGAUACGCAGCGCUCAGCUAUGUUUGGAGCCCCAAGGACCGCCUCCAAGGGACGUCGGCAACAUGUGACAGGCUCAUGCUGAAGAAGGAUAAUCUCGCCGAUUUCUGUCGAAAGGGCUUCCUCCGCAACAACAUCUUGGAACGAGUACCAGCAGUUAUCAGGGAUGCUAUUGGUUUCGUACAACAUUCCGGGUUUAGGUAUCUUUGGAUUGACAGCCUUUGCAUCGUCCAGCACGAAGACACAACUAGAGACCGCGUUGGUCUUAUGAACGAGAUCUAUUCCGGCGCCUACUUCACAAUAAUAGCGGCUUCAUCCAUCGAGGGACGGGGACUCUACGGCGAGCAUUAUGACUACGACCGCUUACCUGACGGCCCUUCAGCGCACUACUUACACAGCGGGCUUCUAUGUUCGCACUGGGCCUCGCGAGAUCAUAACUGCUUUUGGGAGUGUGAGAGUGAAGUUCAGUGGUCCCCAACUCCCUCCAUGAACAUAGAAUCCUCGGAACAUUCGGUUCGAAAUCAUAACAUGAGGGAAUGCCGAGAAUGGCGACAGGGACAUCACAAUCGCGACAUGCUGGAGGAAAAAGCCCUCCGAGGCUUCCUUGGCCAAGAAUUGAGUAGAGCGAAAUCUCAGGACCGGUCAUCGCUCUCUGCUAUUCCGGACUUCAAAUUAUACAUCGAGCUGGCAUGUCGAUACAACAAUCGUAACUUUACAUACGACCAAGAUGCGCUUCCGGCCUUUUCAAGCAUUCUCGAAGUCUUGUCGCGGCGGAGAUUCCAUGGCGGAUUCAUCUCCGGACUGCCAGCCCUUUUCCUAGACUCGACCCUUCUCUGGCAACCGCUUCUUACCGCACGGCGACGUUCCCCGUCCGGGACAGCAACCAGGAUUGCUCCCAUGGCUCCGCUGCCAUCAUGGUCAUGGGUAGGGUGGCAAUGCUUGAUAGACCCAGACAGUCUGAUAGGUGGCUUAGAUUACAUGGAACAUCACGUUUCAUUUUACGUUUCAUUUUACGUACGGGACCCUUUCAGAAAUAGGAAGAAUUCCUGGAGAAUUCGGAAGCUGGUGGAUUGGUCUGUCCUUUACAAAGAUGGUUCUGUCAAUCCAGUCGACGAACCUGCUCUACUGCAGAGCUUCAAGGAUGACUCGGAGGAGAACCAUGAUCCUCUACCGACAGGGUGGUCUCGAGAUGUCACCGGUGCUUUCAUCCACGCAAAUGAUCCCGCAAACACUUUCCGAUACCCCCUGCCGAUACAGAGUAAUCGUCUUCCCGCGGUAGCCGAUAGGAAUGCUUCUUUGCUAUCCUGUGCGACAACAAUCGCCACGUUGCGCGUUCGACGGGUUCUUGCCCCGUACCGCGAGGUUAGACCGGCGGACCACUCGAGAUGUUCUUUUCCCAGAGUCUCAGUUUUUAAGACAGACUUGUACAACCACGAACCGAAACUUCAUACCUUAUGCCCAGUCAUAACUCUCGAAGAUGAAGAUGGGAGAUGGGCGGGUGCAAUGGCCGUCAUGGAAAACUCGGAAGGGCGUGCCUCUGUCCAAGCUGGGUCGGAGGUCAAGAUCAUAGCCAUCUCGACUGGGAGCGCAUUGCAGCAGGAUGUGGCCGAAUCAUAUCCAGAAAUGGUAGACAGCCAAGGAUUCUGUCGUUAUGGGCCUUCGUGGAAACCCUAUUACUUUGAACCGCGGUAUUGUCGUGAUGACCUUGACAACUUGGGCCGGGACUGGAACGGGGAAUACUCAGUUACAGCCCACACGCGACAAAGUAUAGAAGCCGGCGUAGACGUUGGGCCUUUUGCCCACCGCCUUUACUCAGAUGGAAACAUGGGAAGCCGUGCUACUGUCCAAACUACACCAAGAAAGCCCAAUCACUGGUAUCGCUGGCUUCGCUUCCAUUCCCGACUCGUCCGAGAACAUACAGAGCCCCUUCAUACGGUGGUAAACACUCAAGACCCAGAGCCCAAUCAGUUCGAGCGAUAUAACUUUUACAACGUGCUCUGGGUUGAAACCAUUGACGGCAUUAUGUACAGGAAAGCCGCUGGACGGGUACCGAAGGAGAUAUGGGAGCAGAGUUGCGGGGAACCGACAAAGAUUGUACUGGGGUGA